UUUCGUCGACAUACACCGUCCAAUCUUAUCAGUUAGUUCGACAUCAUUCCGUCUUUGACCCUUUUUGUUUAUUUUUCAACUAGUCAUUAUCAUCAGUUAUUCUUUCUGAGAAUUUACAAAAUUAUUUUCUGCUUGUAGACAUGUCCAACCAAAAGCCAGUUCUGUAUUCUUAUUGGAGAUCAUCGUGCUCAUGGAGAGUUCGCAUCGCGCUUGCUUUGAAAAACGUGGACUACGAAUACAAAACUGUCGACUUGCUGUCCGAAGAGGCUAAGAGCAAACUGAAAGAAAUCAACCCAGCUGCAAAAGUACCAACAUUUGUUGUGGAUGGUCAAGUAAUUACUGAAAGUCUUGCGAUUAUUGAGUAUUUGGAAGAAACGCAUCCAGACGUUCCACUUUUGCCAAAAGAUCCAAUCAAGAGAGCUCACGCUAGAGCUAUUUCUCUUUUGGUUGCUUCUGGAAUUCAACCUCUUCACAAUUUGAAGGUUCUUCAACUUUUGAAUAAAAAAGAAGCAGGAUUCGGAGGACAGUUUGCCAAACAGUUUGUUGUCGAAGGUCUCACUGCUCUUGAAAUUCUUCUAAAGCAACAUUCUGGGAAGUAUGCUGUCGGAGAUGACGUCACGAUUGCGGAUCUCUCCAUCCCGCCACUUAUCUACUCAGCUAACCGAUUCAACCUCGAUUUGUCGCCAUACCCAACAGUGAAUCGUAUCAAUGAGACUCUUGCUGAUAUCCCCGCCUUUAUUGCCGCUCAUCCUGAUAAUCAACCAGAUACCGGACUCAAUGCUUAGAUUCUUAUGAAUGAUUGCGUUAUUGGAUUGGACAUACAAGAGUUAACUAUUUGAGAAUUAAAAAAAAAUGUUUCUUUGUCUCUUAAAUUAGCACAAAAGUAAUAAUAAAUUUACAACAGAAAAUGUCCGCGAUAUCCUAAAGCAAGUUGCUUUUUUUAACUUUGUAAACUAACUUUUCUCGUUUUCAUACUGAGUGUUUUUUUUUCAAAUAAAUUAAUUUCUUAAAAAUA